AUGGCCGAGAAGCCUGAUAUCCUCCUGAUCGACUCUUCCGUGAAGGUGGUCGAUGUGGCACGACGACAAGCACUGGCCGAAAAUUUCAAUCUCAUCUACUACGACUGCGAUUCCACGGCGCAGCUGAUCGAACGCUUGCAGCCCGGGGGCCCCUAUUCGAAGCUGGUGGCCAUCUGUCGCAACGGCUGGCACAAGGCCGGCAAGUUCGCCACCCAGCUGCCCUUUGCGCCCGAGGUCGUGCCACACUUCCCCUCGACGCUGCGCAUCAUCUGCUGCAGCGGCCACGGCCAUGAUGCCGCCGAUAUCCCAGCUCUCACGGCUCGCGGGAUUUGGUAUUGCAACACCCCCGAUGCCUGCACCGAGGCCGUCGCCAAUACGGCUCUUUCCCUGGUCUUGGACUCCUUUCGCUACCUGACAUACGCCCAGUGGUGCGCCCGGUACGAUUGGAACGCCAGCCGGGAGCUGGGACUCCGAGCCGUCGACCCCUGCGGCAAGUCACUGGGCAUCGUGGGCCUGGGCGACAUUGGACUGGCCAUUGCACAAAAAUGUGAAUCGGCCCUGGGCAUGAGGAUUCACUAUCAAGGUCCCCGACGGAAGGAAGAUGCCGAGCGGACUCUCACCAACGGGGCACUGUAUCACUCGACGGUGGAUGACAUGAUCCCCGAGGUCGACUGCAUUGUGCUUGCGGCGCCAUACACGCCAGAAACGCAUCACUUACUCUCGCGAAGGCAAUUCGCACUGGCCCGAAAGGAAGGCUUGAGAGUGGUCAACAUUGCAAGAGGCAAAAUGAUCGACGACGAUGCCCUUCUCGAGGCCCUGGAGAAUGGAUCAGUGGUUGGAGCCGGCCUCGACGUGCACACCAACGAACCGGGAAUCAAUCCCAAGCUGAAGGAGAAUUGGAAGGUCACACUGCUUCCACAUAUCGGCGUUUGCUCUCGCACCAGUUGGCAGAGCUUUGAAAGGAUCAACCUAGAUAAUCUCGAGGCCUUCUUCAAAACAGGAAAGCCCCUGACGCCAGUUAACCAGAUCGAGUCGUAG